UGUAGAAUUGAUUCAGUAAUAGGUUGCUUCUAAAAGAUGGAGGUAAAAGGAUAUCUAAAAUGGACUUUGAACGACACGAUUGUUUGCUGAAUUGAUUAGAUGACGUAUGACCGGUUAUCCCUGUUUGCCGUUCCUUAGGUGAGCUACAAAGCCCCUUGGCAUGCCCGGCACCACCGCUCCUGACGACUCACGGGGGUCUGGCAGCUCAACACGUCACUCGCAUGGGACUAGGCCGCAUAGUUCACACGAUCAGUUGGGCACUUCCAAAUCAGGCAAAGGCCUUUCUGAAUCGCCUCCAUAUUCACACGGCGGCAAGACAAGGACUAAUUUGUGGUUUAGAAGAAGACCAAUAAUGAACUGGGCAUCAGUCAUGACUAUUUGGAAACGUUUUAGGGUGAUCUUUGUGAUUGUCGGUCUGCUGUGCAUCAUUCUCGGUGUCUGGGGUCAAGGUCAUAGAGAAGAGAACGAAGCAUUAUUUAAACUUGGUGCAGCUGAUAUGGAUGUGGAAAGUGCAGUUAGAAAGGCUAUUCAGCCGUUUGAACAAAGACUAGAUGCCAUAGAAAAACAAACAAUAAGAAAAUAUCCAGAAGUUGCCUAUCUACCAGAGAGUACAAGAAUGAGAAUUUUAAUUACGGGUGGAGCUGGUUUCGUUGGCUCUCAUCUGGCUGACCGUCUGAUGCUUCAAGGUCAUGAGAUCACGGUGGUGGAUAACUUCUUCACAGGUCGGAAAAGAAAUAUUGCAUGGAUUGGCCAUCCUAACUUUGAGCUGAUCAACCAUGAUGUGGUCAAUUCUCUCAUGAUUGAAGUCGAUCAAGUGUACCACUUGGCCUGCCCUGCCUCCCCACCACACUACAUGUAUAACCCUAUCAAGACAAUCAAAACCAGCUCCUUAGGAACGCUCAACAUGCUGGGCCUAGCCAAGAGGGUUCGAGCAAGGCUCUUACUGGCAUCAACAUCAGAAGUCUAUGGAGAUCCAGAGGAGCACCCCCAGAAGGAGGAGUACUGGGGUCAUGUGAACCCCAUCGGUCCUAGGGCGUGCUAUGAUGAGGGCAAGAGGGUCGCUGAAACCAUGUGCUACGCAUACGAAAAACAGGAUAAAGUUGAAGUCCGAGUUGCCAGGAUUUUCAACACCUUUGGACCUCGCAUGCACAUGAACGACGGGCGGGUUGUGAGUAACUUCAUUCUACAAGCUCUCCAAAAUGAACCAAUCACGAUAUUUGGAAAAGGACUACAAACGCGCUCCUUCCAAUACGUCAGUGAUCUUGUGACUGGUCUUAUUUCGCUCAUGAAUAGCAAUGUUUCAUCACCAGUAAAUAUAGGCAAUCCUGAGGAGCAUACAAUUCUUGAGUUUGCUGAAAUAAUAAAAAAGAAAAUAGGAGGAGGUAGUGUAAUCUCACAUGUCCAAGCUGCUGAAGAUGAUCCUCAAAAGAGAAAACCUGAUAUUACCAAGGCGAGGACAUUAUUAAACUGGGAACCAAAGAUUCUGCUGGAUGAUGGACUGGAGAAGACAAUACAGUACUUCAGGAAUGAGCUGAAUGCCACUAAGGGAACGUUCCAUCCUAAUGCACACAUACCAAUACCAGGAAGCGAGUAAAUGCGUUAUCACCAAGACGUAAUGAACAUCUGGAAGGCCCUCUCCUACACCUUUCCUGUUGCUCUGUCAGAUUAACCUCUCAAAAUUACUUAACAAAGAGAAAGCAUGUGCUUUGAAAUCGGUUAACCCACAGGGUAGACAUAUGUAGUGAUAUCCCUUGGUUCCAUUAAGGUAACAAGCCUGUGGCUCAUAACCAUGGACCUACUUUGUACAUAGCAUCUCUGGAAUGCUUUUUCAACUGUGGCAGACCUAUUCUCUGAAUCUAUUUAAAGGACUCCAUUUUGGAUGUUGGUUUCCAUUUAAUCCAAGUAUGUUAAACCUCAGUCAUAGUAACAAGACCAACACCAGACUGACUACCAGCUGAGCAAAAAGUUAUAUCAUCAUUGAUGGUUCAGAAUUGGUCCGUCUGGCGUCAGGUUUGGAUGGGGAUGGCGGUAUGAUUGAGGUAUUUUGCGGCAUCAGUUUACUCAAGUACAGAAUAUGAAACAAACAGGGACUGUAGGUAUAUUUCUUUCAUUCAUAAUCUAAAUGCAUUAGAAGAGGAGGGCGGGGUUAGUCAUAACAACAGUGAUGACCUAAAAAUAUUAUGAGUCGCUUUGCUAUACUAUUAAACCGCUUGUAAAAUGUUAGAUUUAUUUUUGAAAUAUCUAGUUGAUGAUUAAUGUAAGAACUUGUAUAUUCUUUAUAAUUCAGAUAAACUCUUUAAUGGAUUUUCUUAUAAAAAAACUUGCUUGUGAAUUUUUAAAUUUACGUUGAACUCUAUUUAUUCAGCCACAUUAGGUGGUAUGUACUUACCAUUUCAACAACUUUAUUUUUAAAUAUCAAGCUGAUAAUUAAUGUAAGAACUUGUAUCAUUUAACCGUAGUAUUUCUAUGUUCAGUGCCAAGUGUGCAUGAGUGCCCUUUUUAGUAUCAUGUCCCAGUGCAUUUUGCUGACUUGGCUACAUGCCAAGUCAUCUUGGGAUUACUAGUCAAGUGCAAUCAAGUUGACACAAAAAAGAAUAAAAAAUUGAAAUCAUCAGGGUUGAUAGAGUUGGGGUUGUUUCACAAAGACUAAGAUGGACUGAAGUUGGACCUGAACUAUGGCAUGUCAUUCAUGCCACUGGUUAGUCUCACCAUUGGUCUCUCAAUUAUGAUCUUUAGAUUUUCCUCCAAUAAUGAACUAUCAAAAAAUGUAAAUGCUGUCAAUUUGUGACCAUGAUUGGUACAUCCCUUGAGAAAACAAUGCCAGGAUGUUUAGAGGAACUAGUAGCAUGAAUGGCCUGCCAUAGUUCAUGUACAACUUAAGUGGUACUCUUAUCUGAACAAUGUUACCAAGUCCCUUUAACACUCUACUGGUUAUGAGUACCGUAUAUGUAAAGGCUUGUUCAAACAUGAUGUAUGUAGCAAAACUGUGGUGUUUUUUCAUGAUGUUAUUAGAGCGUAUUGCGCUUCACUUUCUGUAUCUCACAGCACAGAGCUCAGUGAAUAUAUGCGCAAGUCCUUUGUUGCGGGCAGUUACCACUCAUUUUACAUGUGGAAAAAAACAGUGGCUUUUUUUUGGUGAUGGUUUACCGCGCCAUAUCUGUAGCAGCUUUUGAAUAGUAGGGCAACAUUUAAUGUAAUGAAAUGAAGAAGAUUACUGGACACCUUUUUAGAUAUUUUGAAGAGGACGAGUAUCUUUCUUGGUAUAACCUCGUGAAGGAUGUUUGUGUACCCACCCUCCUCCAAUAAACACACACACAGACAAACCUAUUUGCAUGCUUAUUUUAUUGAAAUGAUGUGCCGACUUAUUUAUUUUUUAUUGAAAUCUCAAACUUCUUUUGUUAAAAUAUCUCUUAUAAAGGGAUAGAUGAUAUUUUGUGUAUUUCUAAUUUUAGUUACUAGCCAGUUGGCUAAAAAAUAGUUUCUCAUCUAUUGUUACUUUUGUAUUAUGUAUAUGUGAAAAGGAUGUACUCAGAAAUUGUCUUAAGUGAUGUGAAAAAAAUGGAAUCUGAAAUGAUCGACGUUUUGAAAUAAUGUGCCACAUCCCCAUUCUUUCAAGCAAAAAUAUCUAUUUUUAGUUCCCUUAAUUUGUAGUUAUUUAUGGUUAUUUUUUUUAUUUUGCAUUUUUUUGUAUAUUCUAUGAUUCUGCCUUAUUUGCAAGGAAAUUUCAAUUUAUCUUCAUUUUUGUGUGGAGGAUUUAAUAUUCAAAUGUACAUGGUUUUCAUCAUCAGUAAAGCAGCUACAAUUACAUGUGUAGUUAAUAUAUAAAAGUAUCAUUUUUUUUUCAGUCACUUUAUUCUCAAAGAAGAAAAACGUUGGGAGGGUCGGGGAAGGCUUCAUCUAUGAAGAUCAUUUGUACUCCUUUCCAACGAGACAUAAAGCAAGAUGGAGGUAUGGGGAUUGGGACUUAUUCCACAAAAUUCAAUCUUCAAUUGCAUCGGAUUGGUUUGUGGUGCCUUACAACAGGGAAUGUUUGCUUUUUUAUUCUCACUAGCAUGGUGUGUUGCACUAGAAAUAAUGUGGUUACAUUUUUACUUUUCACAUCAUUGAUGCAUUCUUUGUUUUUAAUUGUUAAAAAUGUAAUACAUGAAUUGCUGAAUCUUGAUUGUACAAAAUUUGAUAAAUGAAGAAAGAUCCUGAAAUUAAAAAAAGAAGAAAAUUA